CUCCGUGCUUCCGGGCCACAGAACCCAAAAUAAAAGUCCAACUAUGGGUCUUUGUGUCCACGUUCGGGUAAACUAGAGCUGAGAGCAGGACAGUAGAAGCAAUGCAGUGCCGAGGGCGGAGACGGGAGCCGUCCUGGUGGGGCAGGAAGAGGCGAGGCUCCCGCCGGGGGCACGGAGGCUCCGCCUUCUUGCGUCACUUCCGUAAACAAAGGGCGCUGUGGUCGCGCUGGGUCCGGGAUGUGACCCCCGCUCUAGCUGCCGCAGUAGCGUCAGAGGCUGCAGCUGCGGCGGUGGCUCCGGGGACUCCGGGGUCUUUGCAGGUUGAGGAAGAGGACUCCGAUCCUCUCCUUCCUCAGGUCAUAAGAAGCUGGCCGUGGUGCAAUAAGGAACUUAAAACAAUGGAGGAGCGGAAAGUGAAGAGGCGGAGUCCUAAGACUUUUAGUGCCCACUCUACUCAGGUUGUUAAUGCCAAAAAGAAUGCCAUUCCAGUUAGUAAAAGCACAGGGUUUUCAAAUCCUGCAUCACAGUCAACUUCACAGCGACCAAAGUUAAAAAGAGUGAUGAAAGAAAAGACCAGACCGCAGGGAGGAGAAGGAAAAGCCGCCCAGCCGGCUCCCAUCCAGCACUCCUUCCUCACCGAUGUCUCAGACGUUCAGGAGAUGGAGAGGGGCCUUCUCAGCCUUUUGAAUGAUUUCCACUCUGGAAAACUUCAAGCAUUCGGAAAUGAAUGUUCCAUUGAACAGAUGGAACAUGUUCGGGGAAUGCAGGAGAAAUUAGCUCGCCUGAAUUUGGAGCUCUACGGAGAGUUAGAGGAACUUCCUGAGGAUAAGAGAAAAACAGCCAGUGACUCCAAUCUGGACAGGCUUCUGUCUGAUUUAGAAGAAUUGAAUUCUUCCAUACAAAAACUACAUCUGGCGGAUGCACAAGACGUCCCGAAUACGUCGACGAGCUAGAACGACCUGCAGUUGCUUUCUUGUGGCUUGAAGACCAGCAGCGUUCUUUAAUUCUCCAGCUGCAUCCAGUAGCAGAAUCACCUUCCACAACAACGAAUAAAAUAAUCAGAGUGCCAGUGCAGUGAUUGCUCUCACUUCUGCUUUUAGUGACGUUGCCUUGCUUUCGUUCGCCGUAACUGGAGCCUAGGCCUGGGUGAAGGGGUAACCAGGAACUGUGACGCGGAGUUGUGCUGCUAUGCUUUCUCUUGUUGCCUUAUGGGGGUCAUACUUGAAACGCUUUGUGCAAAAUGUUAUUAAUAGGGCUGAAGGUUCAUCCUUUCUGAGCUCACCAGACUUAUCCAUUCCCAUGUUGAUUAGAAGCUGACCAUGCACAGGCUUUUGGGGGCAGCCCCGCUUCAGUUUACGUUAGACAAUCAGUACACACACUCGUGUGUUUUCCAGAGGCCAGUGCCAACGAAAUGUUAAAUGAGUAUCUGUGAAAUUUGCUAUUUUUAAUAAAGUGAUUGUUUUAAAUUA